AGGUCCCGGCGAACAUAUUGCUAGUGGACCGUGCCCACCGGGUCCCAUGCCCGAGCCACUUACCAGACACCACACCUCGUGAUGUGCUCAUACGAGUACACUACUAUUAUGUUAAGGAGCACAUCUUAAGGGCAAGCAGAAACAAAGCAAAGCCACCGGAGGACUACCCCACAGUACACCUCUUUACAGAUAUCUCAGCCGUUACACUCCGCAGGAGGAAGGAAUUCGCACCUGUCACGAUGAGAUAUGUUACAGGGCGAAUGAGAUAUGUUACAGGUGGGGUUUCCCCGACGAAGCUCCUGGCGAUGAGAGAAGGCAGUCUCAAACCCAUUAUGUCUCCGGAAGAUGGAGUACGAAAGCUAAAAGCGUGGGGUAUUACCCCUCAUGGGGACACUGAUGCAGACAGCUCGCCUGCGAGGAGACUCCGACUAAAAUGUUCGACAGCACCUACCAGCCGCUAA